UCAGCUCUAUCUUUUGAGCUUCCAAACAAACACCUUCUUCCCGGCUGAAGCUGGGCUGGUUUCCCUAGGCGCAGCAGCCACAACAAUCCUGCAGUUCAAAGUUAGGCAGCAGUUGCACAACUUCCAGCAACUCUCUCAGGCAGCUGCUAAUGAGCUUGAAAGCAAGGAACUUCUGAGGAGUUGAAAAGGAAGCCUCCAGCCUUCCUCCUUUCACCAGAGAGACCCAGACACCCCUCCCAGGGCCCAGAUUACUUUGAGAUAAGGACUGUGUUAUUUGCUUGCCUUGCCUGACAGACCAUGGCUCCCUUUGGAAGAAACUUACUGAAGACACGACAUAAAAACAGAUCUCCAACUAAAGACAUGGAUCCUGAAGAGAAGGAAAUUGUGGUUUGGGUUUGCCAGGAUGAGAAGAUUGUCUGCGGAUUAACUAAACGCACCACCUCCGUCGAUGUCAUCCAGGCUCUGCUCGAGGAGCAUCAAGCUACAUUUGGAGAAAAGCGAUUUCUGUUGGGCAAGGCCAGUGACUACUGCAUCGUAGAAAAGUGGAGGGGUUCAGAGCGAGCCCUGCCUCCCUUGACGAGGAUCCUCAAGUUGUGGAAGGCUUGGGGAGAUGAACAGCCCAACAUGCAGUUUGUUUUGGUUAAAACAGAUGCCUUUCUCCCAGUUCCACUGUGGCGAACAGCCGAAACCAAACAGGUGCAAAAUAAUGAAAAGCCUUGGGAGCUCAGCCCAGCGAAUUACAUGAAAACUUUGCCACCAGAUAAACAAAAAAGAAUCGUCAGGAAAACCUUCCGGAAACUGGCUAAAAUUAAGCAGGACACGGGUUCUCAUGAUCGAGACAAUAUGGAGUGUUUAGUUCAUCUGAUUAUUUCUCAGGACCACACGAUUCACCAGCAAGUGCAAAGAAUGAAAGAGUUAGAUAUGGAAAUUGAAAAAUGUGAAGCUAAGAUCCACUUGGACCGGGUUGGGAAUGAUGGGGCCAAUUAUGUUCAAGAGGCCUACUUAAUGCGCAGGUUCAAUGACGAAGAGCAGAAGCUAGACAUUCAGUCUGAGGACAACCAGACUCUAGAGGAGCUGAACGACAGUGAGGGGAUGGCGCAGUUGGAGGAACAGCUGCAAUACUACAGAGUACUCAUUGAUAAACUCUCUGCUGAGAUUGAGAGAGAGGUGAAGGGCAUGGAUGGUAGCGAAGACACAGAGGGGGCAGCUGCCUGGGAGCUGGAAAAGCCCGAUUUGGAAAGCGUUAAGUGCGAUUUGGAGAAAAGCAUGAAAGCUGGUUUGAAAAUCCACUCUCACUUGAGUGGCAUCCAGAGAGAGAUUAAAUACAGUGACUCACUGCUUCAGAUGAAAGCAAGGGAAUACGAACUCCUAGCCAAGGAGUUCAGUUCACUUCACAUGAGCAACAAAGAUGGAUGUCAGGGAAAAGAAAACAGGGGAAAGGAAGCUGAGGCUCCCAGCAGUAAUGGGGAGAUCCCUCCAUUAACUCAAAGGAUGUUUAACACAUAUACAAAUGACACCGAUUCAGACACUGGCAUCAGUUCAAACCACAGUCAGGACUCUGAAACGACUCUGGGAGAUGUGCUACUGCUAGCAACCUAACUCCGAUGGCUUCUUUCUGACCUUUAAUGAUGUUUUGUGUGGUUUAACAACAAAUCUAUUCCAUCUAUAACUUUGUCAAAGUGUAAGCCAUGCUAAAUAUUCAGUAGUUAAUAAAAACUAGUGGCCACCACUGCUUGUUUUUGUAGAGUAUUUCCAACCUGACUUUAUUGUAGGUUCACGCAAAGGACUGUGUAUUAGGGAUGCAGUAAAUUUAGUUUGUGGCUAUAUAAUGCAGAGAAAAUCUAAUGAGAAUUGAUUGAUGGUAUCUCCUACGGCUUCUAUGAGACAUGAAUGAUAUGAACUCCAAAAUAGUUCUAAACACUGUUCAUCAAAAUAUUCAUACUGUCAACGUGAAGUAAAAUCAACAUAUUUCUCAUUUUUGACAUUUUAUCAUUAGAAUGUUUAAGAGUGUAAAGUGCAGGUAUGCUUCUACCCCAUAUAUGUCAUAUGUCAUGUCAUAUGAUUAAUUCAAGUUUUGUAUUUUUUUAAAUGGUCAGACUGAAAAAUGUUCUUACCGUGUGAGUCUCUUCCUGACUGCUCUCUGUUUAAAUCUAGGGAGAGGAAGCUGUUGGGACAUGUAUAAUUCCUGACAGUGUGUUACUUUGGGUGCAGAUGAGGCAAAGCCAAGUACUGUACAUAAUCAGCAUUUUUUUUCCUGAGCAAUUCUAACAUGAUCAUGAGCUAUGCACAACCUCAUUAGAUCCUCUGAUCAAGCCAACGCUGGUUGCGAGUUCAUUAUUUCGGAAGUCAUAGGGUAGGCUACAGAAGAAAUCAGUCAAAGUUUAAUUCAUGCCUUGACUGUAAAAAGUAUUGAAGUGGAAUAUAUGUCCGUUUGUAUGUAUAUAUCAGUGUUUCUUCUCUGGGAACAUGCAGAGUAGAACUAAAUAUUUAUUCUCAUAUACUGUAACCAAUCUGUCAGGGGAAUUCCCUGGUACUUAAAUUAUCAAGUAUUUUUAAGUCGCCCCAUGCAAAUUAAGAGAAAUUCAAGGAGUUGAGUGGAUUAUUUGGAUUCUGUCUUCACUUACAAUUACAAUGUUUUUGUUUGACGUUGGUAAGCGUUUCCUCUUUCUCCUGUCUUCUUGCUAGCUUUCUUUCUCCUCCUAUUUGCCUUCUCUUUCUCCCUUCCUCAAAAUAAGAUCGACCAGGAUUGCAUCACAACCAAAAAACAUUCAUUUUAUCAUUUGUUGUUAACUGAAUAUUGGUAUACUCUAAUUUUCUUUAGUUGGCACAUUUCACACAA